AUGGAUGAGCUUCUAGAUCUGCUCUCGCAGGCCGAGAAAUGUGCUGAAGCUCUCAGUUCCAGCGAUGGCGAUGAGCUUACCAACACUCCCGCAGUUCAAGCUCAGAUACUCGCCAAGGCACGAUCUAUCAUUCGCAAGACGCAGAAACCAGAAGAACGGCUCAAGGAAAUCUUCACUUCGCCUUACCAUCUUGCAUGCCUUCAAACAGCCUUUGACGCCGGAUGGCUUCGCAGUAUCGAGCAGGCAGGAUUGGCAGGCAGAACAGUCAAUGAACUUGCAAUUGGAUCUGGCGCAGACAAAACCCUGGUUCGCCCGGUGUUGAGAUAUCUGGCUGCUCAUGGAGAUCUCGAAGAAAUUGCUGUCGACAAGUAUGCUGCAACUACGAUCAGCAGCCUACUCUGCACCAGCGUUGGAUGGGCUGGGGGAUUAAAACACGCUGGUGAUGCCUACGCCUUUUCUGCUGCACAUAUGCCGGACCUUCUCGCCACACAUGCAUACAAGUACCCUGCAGAUAUUGAAAAUACAGCCUACGCGGAGGGACAUGGACUUUCUCUUUUUAAGGAUCUUGCUGAGCGUCCAGCGCUUGGAAGAGCAUUCAAUAAAUACACGGCCACAGUGACUCACGGAAGGAGGCCGUGGUACGAUGUCUUUCCUAUCGAAGACCUGGAUGUCGAAGACAAUGAAGUGAUGCUCGUUGAUAUUGGAGGCGGCAGGGGACAUGAUCUAGCAGCCCUCGCUCGGAAACAAAUGCCUGGAGAACUCGUGCUACAAGAUCUUCCAGAAGUGAUUUCACAAGUCCCGCGAGAAUGGAAGUGUCGUUUCACCUCGCAGGCGCACGAUUACUUCACUCCACAACCUCGCAAAGACGCUCGCGCGUACUACAUGCGACGAAUUCUGCACGAGUACAAUGAUGAGAAGUGCACGGAAAUCCUUUCGCACACGAGAGAUGCCAUGACACCAGGCUACUCUAGUCUUUUGAUCAACGAACUUGUCAUUCCUGACACUGGAUGCUCACCAGCGACUGCGACGUUCGACUUGAUUAUGAUGACGGUGCUCGGGGCUAGAGAGCGAACGAAGAGAGAGUGGGAGACAUUGAUUGGUAACAUCAAUGGUCUGAGCAUCAAGAAUAUGCAUAAUUUGGAGGAAACUGGCAAGUGUCUCAUUGAGGUUGUUCGCGAAGACUAA